AUGUCAGACAAUAUCACACCUUCCAAUAGUUUAAUGGAAUAUUUUUUAAAAGACUACAUACCUUCAUUUCCUCCUUAUCUUCCACUAAAACAUUUUUUAAAAGACAAAAGGAAUGGCGAUCCUAAAAGUGACGCUCUUAGCUUUUCUCGUAUUGCUAGCAAUCAAUGGAAAAAACUACCAGAAUUUCAAAAAGAAGCCUACAAAAAAAUGUCAUGUGAUUUAAAAGAGCUUGAAAAACAUAAAUAUUCACGCAAGAAGGACCGGAAGUCCAGCCAAAAUUCUAUUCCCCAGUUUCACUCUGCUGGCUAUCAAGAUAAAUCUAACGAAUCGAUACAAAAGCUUACUUUUCAGUCUAAUUGCUCUUCUGGUUAUCAAGAUAAAUCCGCACAAAAUUCUGCUAUUCAGUUUGAUCACCUUUCUGGUUAUCAAGAUAAAUCUAUCCGAAAUCUUACUCUUCAAUUUUCAAACUAUCAAAAUGAAAAACCCACACAAAUUCCUUUUUUUCAAUUUGAUUAUUCUUUGAGUAAUCAAGAUAAAUCCAUUCAAAAUCCUAAUCUUCAACGUUCCAAUUCUCAAGAAGAAUCGACACAAAGUCCUGCUCUUCAAUUUGAUCACUUUCCUAAAUAUCAAAUCGAAUCUAAACAAAACCUUAUUCUUCCAUUUGAUCACUUUUUCGGUAAUCAAGACGAAUCCACACUUAAUUCUGAUCCCAUUUCCAAUUAUCAAGACGAGACCAGACAAAAUCUUGCUCUUCAGUUUUCAGUUUGA